AACAACAUGAAGCUAAUGCUGCUCAAAAACGUAGAAGUAAAGCAAAAAAAACUACAGAAAAAUGUAAAGUGUUAAGGUGUGAGCUUGCAAAUACAAGAAAUGGAGUUUAUACAUUUCAUGUCCAAGGUUCAUUUUAUUAUAGAAUUGGUUCUUUGCUACCAGAUCUUGGUACCACACCAUAUUUUUUGCUGAUAUACAUAUGGGACACACAUCACAAGUUGCAACAUAGAACAAACAUUAUUUCUAACUCUAAUCUCAACGUAGCUACUAUACAAAGUCUAAAGACUAUGCUUAAUCAA